CAGUUUCCGCUACUGAAUCCGGAAGUGACGCACGUCACCGCUAGGCUUGCUGCGCAGUGUUCGUAGCAAACGUUAGAGCGCAAGACAACAUCAGGUGCUGAUUAAAAAAACAACAACAGCGCUGUUUCUUUUAUAUAUAUUUAUAGCAGAGAGGAGUUACAGUCGACACGAAAACACAAGCAGUCGUAAGUAACCGUCAGUGCUGCUGUGUGGCUCCAGACGGGCGCUUGGUGCGGGGGCCUGUUGCGGGGAUGUGUGUGAGCGGGAGAUGGAUGCGGUGUAGAUGAGCCAAACGAUCAACACCAUGAACCCUGUCUACAGCCCUGCACCAACAGGGGUUCCUUAUGCCAACCCUAAAGGAAUAGGAUACCCAGCUGGGUUUCCAGUUGGCUAUGCAGCAGCUGCCCCUGCAUACUCCCCAAGUGUGUACUCUGGAGCAAACCCAGCAUUUCCUACAGGUUAUGCCCAAGGGACACCAUUCAAAAUGUCCUGCUCUCCAACAACAGGUGCUGUCCCCCCAUACUCCUCCUCCCCUAACCCGUACCCUACUGCUGUGUACCCCGUGAGGAGCUCUUAUCCUCAGCAGAAUCCCUAUGCUCAGCAGCAAGGCACUUACUACACACAGCCCCUGUAUGCUGCGCCGCCUCAUGUCAUUCAUCACACUACAGUGGUUCAGCCCAAUGGCAUGCCAGCGGCUAUAUACGCUCCUCCCAUCCCUCCUCCACGCCCUAACGGAGUCGCCAUGGGAAUGGUAGCAGGCACUACUAUGGCAAUGUCAGCGGGGACUUUAUUAACAACUCACUCCCCAACUCCAGUAGCUCCCCACCCCGUCACAGUGCCCACAUAUCGACCCCCUGGCACGCCCACCUACAGCUAUGUGCCCCCUCAGUGGUGAACAGAUAGCACUUCCCUGUGUCUCCCUUAGGUUAGAAGAUGAUAGAUAUGCAUUUGCACAGUCCAGUAUUUUACAGCUACAGUUGGGGCUGAUGCCACAUGUGUUCCCAGCCCGUCGUUCUUCCUUCUAAGCAUAAUGUGAAUCUGAACCCCGUUGGACGAAGAAAGAAAAUUUUGGAGCGGGAAUGAGAACCUUUCCGUUUCCGAUCACAUUUGUUAGCAUUACUCAUGUUCUCUGGCAUAUCUCACAUCAGAAGACUAGCUCUUCAUGCAGACUUGUGUUUUGUGGACUGUCUUGCAGUUUUUAUAGCAUUUAACUCUUGAAGUGGUUAAAAAAAAAAGAGAAGGGAAAUGGAAUUAGUUUGUAUUUGGAAUCCAUAUUGAAGUGAGUGCAUGUACGUAUUGAAAAUAAUAAUGCUAGCUGAAUCUACCUGCCAUGAUUGAUGCAAAACCAUCAAAGGGUUAUAAGAAGCAACAUCCAAAGGGUUAGGGUCAAUGCAGCAACUUCACAUCUCUAAUGCAGUGUCUUUAUUGUUAUUACAUAGAAAAUAUAAAUUAUGUUUUCCAUUUUUUAAAAAAAAGAAAGAAACAGUGUUGUAAAAUUCUUACAUUGCUUUGGUUUUAACAUGGGUUUUAAUUUUUGUAAGUGUAACUGAGAUGUCUAUCUGGGUAACACAUGUUGCUCUUCUGCCACUUUGUAUGUGAAUGUUGGGUUGGGUAUGUUUUAUUUUUGUGCCUCAAACACAGAUUUCCAUUUCUUUUAUGAUGGUUUAUCAUUCCUCAUGCUCUUGCUACAGAAAAUUAUUGCACAUCUUUGCCUGUGUGGAAACAGAUUGGUUGGCUGAGCUGCCAAACAUACCGGUGUAUUGGUGCUGAAAGCAUGCCUACUUAUUUCUGUGCUUUUAGGGUUUGUAUUUGCUAAGGAAUUGACAGAAAGAGUGAUGGUGGAAUCAUUGCUUAUCUAACACAUUUUCAGAUGUAGUAAAAACGAAUUUAUGUGGUCAAUUUAUAACCCAGGCAUAUUUGAUAACACUACUGAGGACAUCGUAAGUUAUUGGAGUCAUUUGAUUAAGAAACCCCAAAACACUUACAUUGCUUGUUACCUCAAGGUUGCACCAUUACUGACUGAAUUUCAUUGUCUUUUUACUUAUUCAUAUUGCCUAUGUCGCCUUGGUUAAAGAAUGUUUUGUAAUGUUUGUGUUUUUGUUUUGUACUUUCAAGAAAGACCAAAAAUAAAUACAAUAAUGAACGCU